UUAUAAAUGAUGUAAACAACAGAAAACAUUGUAAAUAAUAAAAUACUAUGGUUCUAUUGUAUUUAGAUAGUGUGAAUUAGCUGAAUUCAAAGCUCCGGAAUGCAAAAUACUUUAGGAACUAAGACUGUGAAUAGGGACCCUCUUAUAUAAGUUUAAAUCUAUUCUCAUAGGAAAGAAAUCCUCUGAUGUAGAUUUCCAAGUGUGGCCUUCAAAGUGAUUAGCAUGGCCGAUGUAUACCAUAGUACUUAGUACUUUAAGCGGUAAUUUCUUUGGUAUUCGGAUUCUCAGAAAUUUGGGCUUUUGUUUUCAUUCUUAUACGGCUUGGAUUAACUCGGAAAUUAAUAGAAAUUUUGUAAACCUAUUUUUCAUUACAUGUGCGUGCAACUCAUUGCAUACAAUUUGACGCAAGUACUUUGUAUCUUUGCCGACUUCGGAAUCGUUCGGCUAAGGCUUUUCUUUUUUUUUAUAGAAAAUUUUGUAUAAAAAAAGAAAAAAAAUAACUACUUCUAAGUGGUGGGAUGGAUUAUUCCAAACUUCAAACGCUGCAACAUAUCUGCAAAGUCAGUGGUUUAUCUAGAAAAGGUCGAAAAGCAGAUUUGUUACAGCGAAUUCUGUCUACUCCAGUCUAUCCUACGAAUAAUGUCAUUUCUAUUGACUUAGGCAUUAAAAACUUUGCAUACUGUCUUGCUAGUCGUACCGAAGGUGCUAAAGUGAAUAUUCAUGAAUGGGCUCGCGAAGAUUUGACAUCCCCGACGAAUGGAUUGGGUAUCAAAUGGAUCGAAGAUUACCAGCCUCAGUAUUUGGCAAGGCUUGCUUUUCAAAUCUAUACCACUUUAACUUCCCGUUUUCGUCCCAGUAUAAUCCUUCUGGAGCACCAGCGUUAUCGGUCAGGUAUCAAAACAAUUCCUGAAUGGACUUUGCGAGUCAAUGCAAUUGAAGCUAUGCUCCAUUGCUUGCAUGUUAACAGUCAAUCUCAGGAUCCUUCAGAAUCAAAUCCUAGUCCUUUGAGCUUACUUUCCCUUGCACCUCGAACUGUGUACUCUUAUGUUUCUGCCCUGCCUGAGUUUGUUAACCUCAACAGUAAUACCAAGACAAAGGCAACACGCGUUAAACUAUUAAACGAAAUGUUGAAUCUUGGAAAGGUAUCUGUAUUAAAUGAUGAUGCGUUAAAGAAUUUUGAAUUACCCGUAAAGUACUCAAGCAAAAAAGAUGACAUGACGGAUGCCGCUAUGAUGGCAAUUACAUGGAUUGAAUGGCAGCAUAAACUAAGACAACAUCAGCAUGAACUUCGCAGCUAUCUUGAACUAAAGUCAUAAUAGAAGUUAUUAAAUUAGCCUAGUUUUGGACUGACAACCAAGGAACAUGAACUGUGGGAGUUAAAUUACUAACGGUUAUUAAUUAAAAUCUUUGACUUUUCUUGAAUCGACGGUCAUUAACGUAAAAGACGAAUUUUUCUAAUAUAUCUUGGAAGUCAAUCAAUUUCUUUUAAUGAAUGUUUCUUUCUCGGUCAAUAAAAUUAUAAAUCAUAAACGUACGUCAUAACCGAUAUAAAUAAAGCUUUGCUGUUGCAAAAGAACGCGAAUCUGGCAUUACAGAAAAGUUUGCACAAUUUAGUUUGUAGUCGCAAAUUAUAAUAAUUAAUAUAAGCAAUAAUUUUGUUCAAGG